AUGUUGCUCGUCACGCUGCAUUCCUCCUACUGCAACGUCUUUCUCUCUUUCUCUAUCACCGAAAAAAUUCACGUAAAUCCUUCCAAUGGGCUAAAAAAGACGUUGCUCUGGUUAUACAAGACGUUUUGGUAUGUGAGCAAUCCUGUGCACAUGUCUGCUCAUAUUGCUUCUGAAAUACUGCAUCUGCUCUUCGUUGACAUUGAACUUUAUUCCCACCUGGAACUAGGAGGUAGGUUGCCUCGUAUCUCGGUCAUCUUGUAUCUCAGUUACCUCGUAUCUUGGUUACCUCGUAUCUUGCCACUCAAAUCACUUCUCGAACGCUGCAUUCGUUCCUCACCGACAUCCGAAUUUAUUCCCACCUGGAACCAUGAGGCAGGUUACCUCGUAUCUUGGUUACCUCGUAUCUUGCCACUCAAAUCACUUCUCGAACGCUGCAUUCGUUCCUCACCGACAUCCGAAUUUAUUCCCACCUGGAACCAUGAGGCAGGUUACCUCGUAUCUUGGUCACCUCGUAUCUUGCCACUCAAAUCACUUCUCGAACGCUGCAUUCGCUCCUCACCGACAUCUGAAUUUAUUCCCACCUGGAACCAUGGGGCAGGUUACCUCGUAUCUUGGUUACCUCGUAUCUUGCCACUCAAAUCACUUCUCAAACGCUGCAUUCGUUCCUCACCGACAUCUGAAUUUAUUCCCACCUGGAACCAUGAGGCAGGUUACCUCGUAUCUUGGUUACCUCGUAUCUUGCCACUCAAAUCACUUCUCAAACGCUGCAUUCGUUCCUCACCGACAUCUGAAUUUAUUCCCACCUGGAACCACGAGGCAGGUCACCUCGUAUCUUGCCGCUCAAAUCACUUCUCAAACGCUGCAUUCACUCCUCACCGACAUCUGAAUGUAUUCCCACCUAGAACUAGGAGGCAGGUAACCCACAUCUUAUUCCACAAAUCACUUUCCAAACGUUACAUUUACCUCUCGCUCCAAUCUGUCACAAGCAAUACUUAG